AUUACAAAUAUGUCUAACUGACAUCUCUACAUCAACACAUCCACAAUAUAAUUACAUUGCAUGUGUACAAAUGAAUAAGAUCACAUAUUAGUCUAACUCAACAACAACAACAACAACAACAAAAUCCUUCACCAUGAUUUGACAACUUACAAUUUCAAAACAAAUACAUCAAAUGUAUACGAAUUAUCAUUGAACAUACAAUGUAACACAUACAGUUUAUUAAUAUGAUACAAUAUGUAGUUUGCACAUUUUUUUGUUUCUAAACAACUAAACCUUAGAAAACUUGAAUCUCAAUUUUGUUUUACAGAAAUCAUUUGCUGCUUUCAAUUCGUUUCGAAAUCAUCUUGUUGUUGUUGUUGUCGUUAAUCAAUAUGAAUUUGUCAAUACCUCAACAAUUUUGGACAAAAUUAUUUAUUCUAUUAAAUAGUUGUUUUGUUAUAUUUGGUAUUGUAUUACUUGUAUUGGGUAUUAAAGGAUUAGAAACAUUGAAUAGAUUCGGUACAAUUUUAAAUGGAAUCAUACCACCUAUCAUUCCAAUAGCAAUAUUUAUAGGAUGCCUUAUUUUAAUUGGUACAAUGAUUGGUUAUAUUGGAUUAUGGAAACCAAAAAAAUUCAUUGUUAUACUACAUAUUGCAUGUUUAUGUCUUGCAGUGAUUAUUGAGAUUGCCAUAGCAACAGCGACAGCUACUAUGGGAGAAAAAUUUCAAACAGCCGCUAAUCAUUCAGUACUACAAGCUGUGAAACAAUUUUAUUCAAAUCCUUAUGUUCAAGUAGAAAUGGAUAAAUUACAAAGUAAAUAUAGAUGUUGUGGAGCUACAUCAUAUUUGGAUUAUGUACAAACAAAUAAAACUGUACCAUUCUCUUGUUUUAUUGGUACAUUGGUUUAUGCAAGAGGUUGUGUAGAAGCAUUCAGUGAUUAUGCCCAACAUUAUAUUGUUGCAUUAAUUACUAUGUGCUUUGUAUUUGGUAUUAUUAAAGCUAUUUAUGUGAUUAUCUCUAUUUGUUUAUUUAAAAAUUCAUUGACUGCAAAAAAUGCAUCACCAUAAAUCUUAUUUACUUACUUAUGCCUAUUACUCUCAAUGGAGUAGGAUAAUGAAGAUGAUAAACUCCAAUUGUUUUCUUUUCUUUUCUUUUCAUUCCUUUUUAAAUUGUUUACUUAAUACAACAACAAUAAUCAUAAACUAUCAUGUCAUCAAUACAAAUUGAAUCAUUAUUGAUUAAAGUAAUGUCAUAUAUCACAUUUGACAAUCUGUAUUGCAUGGUUACUGUUGUUGAUUAUUUUUGGGCCAUUAUUACUAUUAUUAUCAUUAUUAUGUAAUCAACAGAAUUAAUGAUAAGAAUAAAACAAAUAUUGUUUC